AUGUCAAGGAGAGCCAUGUCUGUGUCCAGCUACAGCUCCAGGGGGUCUGUGGUCCCAGCCACCUCCAGCUUCAGUGUGAAGAGGAGCGGCUUCAGCUCCGGCUCUGCCUAUGGCAGUGGUUCUGGCUUCGGAGGUGCUGCCGGUGGCUACAGCAGCGGCAGCAUGUUCUCCUCCAGCAUGGCCGGUGGUUCUGGUGGCUUUGUGGCCCCUCCCAUCACUCAAGUCACUGUGAACCAGAGCCUGUUGGCCCCUCUGCAGCUGGACAUCGACCCCACCAUCCAGGCAGUGCGUACCAACGAGAAGGACCAGAUCAAGACUCUGAACAACCGCUUUGCCUCUUUCAUCGACAAGGUGCGCUUCCUGGAGCAGCAGAACAAGAUGCUGGAGACCAAAUGGAGCCUGCUCCAGGACCAGACCACCGCCCGCUCCAACCUGGACGCCAUGUUUGAGGCCUACAUCGCCAACCUCCGCAGACAGCUGGAUGGCCUGGGCAACGAGAAAUUCAAGCUGGAGGCAGAGCUCAAGAACAUGCAGGGCGUGGUGGAGGACUUCAAGAGAAAGUACGAAGACGAGAUCAACAAGCGUGCCGCUGCAGAGAAUGAGUUUGUUCUGCUGAAGAAGGACGUGGACGCCGCCUACAUGAACAAGGUGGAGCUGGAAGCCAAGGUGGACGCUCUCCAGGACGAGAUCAACUUCCUCCGCGCCGUGUACGAGGCCGAGCUGCGUGAGCUGCAGGGCCAGAUCAAAGACACCUCCGUCAUUGUCGAGAUGGACAACAGCCGCAACCUGGACAUGGACGCCAUUGUGGCUGAAGUGCGCGCUCAGUACGAAGACAUCGCCAACAAGAGCAAGGCCGAUGCUGAGGGCUGGUACAAGCAGAAGUUUGAGGAGAUGCAGACUUCUGCCGGACAGUACGGAGAUGACCUGCGCACCACCAAAGCUGAGAUCGCAGAGCUGAACCGCAUGAUCGCCCGCCUCCAAAACGAGAUCGAGGCCGUAAAGGGACAGAGGGCCAGCCUGGAGGCCCAGAUCACAGAGGCAGAGGAGCGCGGAGAGCUGGCCGUGAGGGACGCCAGACUACGCAUCAAAGAUCUGGAAGAAGCUCUGCAGAGAGCCAAGCAGGACAUGGCCCGACAGGUGCGUGAGUACCAGGAGCUGAUGAACGUCAAACUGGCCCUGGACAUCGAGAUCGCCACCUACAAGAAGCUGCUGGAGGGAGAGGAGAGCAGGCUGGCCAGCGGAGGCGUCAACGCCACCAUCCACGUGCAGGAGUCCUCCAGGGGAGUGAGCUCUGCUGCUGGGGGUUUCGGCUCCGGCUCCGGCUUUGGCUUUGGAGGCUCAGCCAUAGGAGUGGGAGGAGGCUCCAUCAGCAGGUCCUCCAUCAGCACCACCAGCUCCAGCAGACGGUACUGAGCCAAGACCAAGUCCCGCCCGGCCCUGAGAGUGUUAAACUUAGAGAAGACAUUUAAACUUGAAACAGCCUGAACAUCAUCAUUCAGAAAUGUGCAGUUUGAACUAAUGCCUGUUGAACAGUUUUUCAAUGUUUCUCUGCUAAGUUUAAUAUUCCUGUGAAGUUUCCCA